GCAGGAGGCUGAUGAAGCGAAGGUGCCUUCUUGCUAAGUGGCUCCUUUGAUGAGGAACAGAGAUGCUAAGCUGGCUUAGUUCGUUCGCGAGUGUUUGCCGGCGUUCUCAGGAGUCGAACCUCGCCAAGGAGCUUGAAGAAAUCCGCAAAUGUGGAAUGAAAAACUUCCGUAACAUCCAGGUUGAUGAAGCUAAUUUAUUGACUUGGCAAGGGCUUAUUGUUCCUGACAACCCUCCAUAUGAUAAGGGGGCCUUCAGAAUCGAAAUCAACUUCCCAGCAGAGUACCCAUUCAAACCACCGAAGAUCACAUUCAAAACAAAGAUCUAUCACCCGAACAUCGAUGAAAAGGGGCAGGUCUGUCUGCCAGUCAUUAGUGCUGAAAACUGGAAGCCCGCAACCAAAACCGACCAAGACCCGGGCAAUGGAGAAGAGACCGUUCUGGCGUUUCUGGUGGUUUCUCUGCUCCCAUGUUGCACUGCCUGUCAUGGGAGUCGGUUCAAAUUCUCCUGACCCCAAUUUAUAACAUCCUUUAAAAAAGUUUUAAAAACAAACCAUAUAUCCUCCACCAACCCCCCCAAAAAAAAAAAGCUGUGGAAAGGGAGGCCCAGCUCUUAAGUAAAUCUGGCCAGUUACCGCAGUGUUAAGUGGGCAAACCCUGACGUGUUUGUGAUGAACUCCAGCCUGGCCCAGCCCGCUUGGGGAAGCCCUGCAGUGUCAGGUCUGUGCCCCCGCGCUCUGGGGAGGGCCUGCCAGCCAGAGGACGCUAUGCACCCGUGUGAGGAAUUUCUUUCCAGAGAGGCUCCAGAGGCCAAAGGUUGGCCCUCCUCCCUGCAGCCAUGUUAGAAGAUGUGCUGGCCAUUGCAGACCACGCUAACGCCAGAAUGUCCAUUUGAAUUUCUACGCUCACCUGUCUCUGAGCUCCAUCCGAUCGUGCUGCGGAGCUCACUUCAGCUCCUGGGUGCAGCGGCCCCACCACAGCCUGCCCCCCGCACAGUUUGGCCCUUUGAGGGGUUGGAAUUGGCAGGACGCAGCAGUAGCCAUCACCGGCCUGGGGUCGUGGUGCCCUGCUGGCCCGCCCCUUCCUUCGGAGCAGCCAGCCAGCCCAGGAACAAGUCGGCCUCCCUCCCUUUGGACUCACAGCCUUUGCAAAGUCAAGCUCCACAUGAAGCUCGCUCAGUAAUAUCCUUUACAUGUGUUUUAUAUUGUUUUGACUGCCUUUUUUUGUAGUAAUAAAAAUUGACCUUAGAAUUUA